AUGGCGAGCAAGCUGGCCCCCGUCAUGCGGACAGCCCUCCGCUCCGUGAGCAGGGUGGCUGCCCCCUCCUCGUCACCACUCCAGACCCGCGCCAUCUCCAUGUCGGCGAGGAGGCAAAGCGACACCCUCAUGGUGCACCGCAACACCCCCGACAACAACCCCUCCAUCCCCUUCAAGUUCACCGACCAAAACGAGAAAAUCAUCACCGAGAUCCUCAAGCGCUACCCCCCCCAGUACAAAAAAGCAGCCGUCAUGCCCCUCCUCGACCUCGGCCAGCGUCAGCACGGCUUCACCUCCAUCUCGGUCAUGAACGAGGUCGCCCGCAUCCUCGAGAUGCCGCCCAUGCGCGUCUACGAGGUGGCCAGCUUCUACACCAUGUACAACCGAACCCCCGUGGGCAAGUUUCACGUCCAGGCUUGCACGACCACCCCCUGCCAACUCGGCGGCUGCGGCUCAGACGCCAUCGUCAAGGCAAUCAAGGAACACCUCGGCAUCAAGCAAGGCGAGACCACCCCCGACGGCCUCUUCACCUUCAUCGAGGUCGAGUGUUUGGGGGCGUGCGUCAACGCGCCCAUGGUCCAGAUCAAUGACGAGUACUACGAGGACCUGACUCCCGAGACCACCAAGCAGCUCCUCACCGCGCUCAAGGAGAGCUUGAACGAUGCGAGCAAGGCGCCCAAGCCGGGUCCUGUGAGCGGGAGGGACACUUGUGAGAAUAGCGCGGGACUGACGAACCUGACGAGUGAGCCUUGGGGGGUGGAGACUACCAGGUCGGAUUUGUAA